AUGGAACUUGAUAAAACACGUGAAACUCUACAAUCAGUGGAAACAUUAAUUGGUGAAUUAGAAAGUGAAUAUACACGCUGGGAAAAUCAGAUCAAUGAAAUCAGCAUACAAUUAACCAGUUUACCACCGUUCGCACUAACAGCAUCUGCAUUUAUAACCUAUUUAUCAGCUUGUCCUGAAGAUGUACGUCGACAGUAUAUUACAAAUUGGAUUAAAGAUUUAACUAAUCUUGGUAUAAUGCCAACAUCAUUAUCUACUGAGUUAAACAAUAAUCAUACAUCUAGUCAAGAUUUACUUCAUUUUGAUCUGCGUCGAUUUUUAUCUACUGAACCUGAACAAUUAUUAUGGUCUAGUCAAGGUUUACCAUCCGACCAGUUAUCAGGAGAAAAUGCUGUAACGAUUGUACAUACUACAAUGUGUCCAUUCAUUGUCGAUCCAUCAUCAAGAGCAUUACAUUGGUUGAAAGUUUACUUGAAAGAUCAACGUUUAGAAGUGGUAAAUCAACAAAGUCCAAAUUUUGUAACAACAUUAGAAUUAGCUGUUCGAUUUGGAAAAUGUUUAAUUAUCCAAGAAGUGGAUGAAAUUGAACCGAUUCUAAUGCCAUUAUUACUGAAAGAUUUAAUUUUACAAGGAUCACGAAAUUUUAUUAGAAUCGGUGAAAAACUAAUAGAUUAUCAUCAAGAUUUUCGUUUAUUUCUAUGUACACGUAAACCAUUACGUGGUAUGGAAGAUUAUGUACAACCAAUUUGUGCUACUGCACUAGUUAGUAUUAUUAAUUUUAUUUCAACACGAACUGGUCUAAUAGAACAAUUAUUAGAAAUUACUUUACAAAAUGAAUGUCCACAAUUAGAAAGUCAACGUCAACAAUUAAUACGUAAUGAAGAGAGUAUGAAAAUGGAAUUAACCAAGCUGGAAAAUAAUUUAUUAGAGGAAUUAGCCAAUGCACAUGGUAAUAUAUUAGAGAAUAAAAAACUCUUGACAUCAUUAAAUCAAACAAAACAAUCCACUUUAAUUGUUACAAAUUCAUUGAAAGAAUCUUUACGUUUACAGGCGGAAUUAGAUAAGGAAAGAAAUAUAUUUUAUCCAUUAGCUGAAACUAGCAGUCAACUAUAUUUCUCUUUAAUGGAUCUGAUCAAAAUUAAUCAUAUGUAUCAAUUCGGUUUGAAUCGAUUUCUAUAUCUUUAUCAACGUGCUUUAUCUAUGCCACAUCCAACUGAAUUACAGACAUCGGAACGUAUUAAAUCAUUGCAAAAAUACAUUGAACAAUUAGUUUAUGAAAAUGUUUGUCGUGCAUUAUUUAAACCGGAUCGUUUAAUGUUUGCGCUACACAUGGUUCAUACAAUGCGUCCACAAUCAUUGACAAAUGAAGAAUGGCUGUUUUUUAUUGGAUUAAAUACAAGCGAAUCAUGUCAUACCGAUGAAAAUCUUCAUAGUUGGUUAGAUCCUGAACGAGCUCGUAAUCUGAUGAAGCUUAAAGCUGCAUUUCCUAAUAUUUAUGAAAAUCUAUAUUUUGAAGAUUCCCAGUUUUGGACAAAUUGGUUACAUGAGAAUAAUGUUGAAAUGAAACCAAUGCCUAAGAGUUUACAAGCUAAAUCAUCAUUGACAGCUUUUCAAUUCAAUGUCCUUGCAAUUCAAGCUCUACGACCGGAUCGUUUACAUUCUGCUUUAUUACAAUUUGCUAGUCGAACAUUAGACUUACCUCAACUAAGUCCAUCAACUUUGAAUUUACACAGAUUAUUUGAAACAGAGACAAGAUCCACAGAACCUAUUCUAAUAUUAAUUAGUCCAGGAGCUGAUCCAUCACAAGAAUUAUCUGAAGCAGCUUCACUACAUUUCUCACGUAAAAUGUUGAAUAAAACAUCCGAGACCACGUCAUCAUCAUCAUCACAUUAUCGUCAAAUUGCUAUGGGUCAAGGUCAAACUGAUUUAGCCAUAAGUGAAUUACAUUCCGCCGCCGAACAAGGUGAUUGGUUAUGUUUGAAAAAUUUACACCUUGUUAUACAUUGGCUACCAGUAUUGGAGAAAGAAAUUAACAAUUUACUUUUGAACAGUAACAGCAACAGCAAUGAUAAUAAAGAAAAUUCAAAUAUUCCUAACAAUCAUGCUGAUAAUGAUGAUACAACUAAUAAAUCUUCUGAUACGAAACAAUCUGUACAUAAAGAUUUCCGAUUAUGGUUAACGUUGGAACCACGUACCACAUUCCCUUCUACAUUGUUACAAGGUUCUUUAAAAAUAGCUUAUGAAGGAUGGACAAAGUUCUACGAGUUUACAUUUGCUGAUCUUUGUGCAGCAGCUGAUGUAAUCGAUCGAUUAUUAUUGAUUGAUAAUCAUGGUAAACUAUCUAGAACCACUGAAGAUAUUUGGUCUUGGAUUUAUGGUUUAUUUGGUGAAUCAAUUUACGGAGGUCGUUUAGAUAAUACAGUAGAUUUAAGUGUAUUAAACUCUUAUUUAACUUCCAUAUUCAGUAAUGAUACAAUGAGAAAUCUUCAACUUGGUCAUUUCAAACUACCGAAUACAACGGAAUUGAAAGAUUAUGUUAUUCAAAUCAAUGCCUUGCCUGAUCACGAUCGUCCAGUAUAUUUUAAUUUAUCGCCUAAUAUUGAAAGUAGUAUGCAAAGAAAUGAAGCAAAACGUGUGAUUGGCCAGCUUAGAUUACUUGAAAAACCUUCAAUGGACAUAAAACGUCGAUUUGAUAAAUGUUUAUGGAGUAAAGAAUUAGCACCAAUCUUAAUACUAUGGAAGAAACUUAACCAAGGCUUAAACUUAAUACAAUCUCGAACAACAACAAAUCAACCGAAUAAAUUCUCACCAUCCAAAUCUGACGAUUAUAUCAUCAAUAUUGCGAAUCAAUUAUCGAGAGGUGGGAAAGGUGGUGCACCAAUUCAAGAAUUUCUACAUUUAGAAUUAUCUAAUGCUUUACAACUUGUUCAACAAGUACAUUCUAAUUUAGCUAGUCUUUCAAGAGCAUGUAGAGGUACGCAAUUAGUCACUGAAAUGAUGCAUCAAUUAGCUAAUAGUUUAAUACAUGGACAUACACCGGAUGUUUGGUUAUUAUAUUGGCCUGAAGGACCUAAUGAAGUGAUUCCGUUUUUACAAGAAUUAAUUCAUAAAGCAAAUGCUGUACAAACAUUAACAAAACAAGCAGACAGUGAUCAAUUCUCUAAUGUGAAAAAUGGACAAUGUUUAGAUUUAGCCAAUCUAUUUCAUCCAACUACAUUUUUAAAUGCUUUACGUCAACAAAGUGCAAGACAAUUGAAUGUACCAAUUGAUACAUUGAAACUAUCAUGUCAAUGGUCAGAAUUGAAUGAUCGUAAGAAUAUGCCAACUAGAAAUAAUCUAUCUACAUUGCCAGUACGUAUUACAAAUUUAAAAUUGGAAGGUGCUAAUUUUCGAAAUGGUCAACUUAGUGCAAGUUAUCAAAAUGAUCCCAGUCCCAUUCAAUUGCCUGAUGUUUUAUUAAAAUGGAUUUUAAAAGAUGAACCAGAUCAAUUGGAUGAAAAUAAUUCCAUUUAUUUACCAAUCUAUACAAAUAAUACUCGUGAACAUUUGGUAACAUUUAUUCGUGUUCCUUGCGCCUCAAAUAGUCAAAAUCAAUGGAUUCAAGCUGGUACAGCUUUAUUACUUAGUUGUUUAUAAUGUGAAAUUGUGAUUUACUGAAUCAUCUCACUCUCUCACUGACUCUCUCACUGACUCACUCACUGAGUCAGUCUGUGAUUUUAUUCCCUUUCCAAUAGACAUUUAAAAAAAAAACACACACAGUUUGAUUGUCAUCAUUGUGAAUUGAAAAUAUAUGAAUUGGACAUUGAUCUCUCUACUAAUAUGUUAUAUUUGUAAAAAAAAUAUAUUUAUUAUCC